CAGAGCAACAGCAACACAGUGAGAAGUUUCUUCGUCUUCUGGCAGCAUGUUAAAACGUUAAAACAACAGGACUUUUCCCCUUCUAACUUUUAAAUUUUACCUUGUGGUCUUACAUAGACCCAAGUCAGAGUUUUUACCAUGGAGUUAAAUCUAAAGACGAUGCUGCUGACUAUGAUGAUGUUCAAAUGGGGAACCCUUUGUACAGCUACAUCAGAAAAGUGUUUGUCUGCACCCUGCCACAAUGGAGCUACCUGCAUGGACACAUCGGAUGAUUACGCCUGCAUCUGCGCCAGAGAGGGGGUGCGAUACAUGGGUAAAAACUGUGAUGAACUCUAUGACGCUUGCUUCUUUGCACCAUGUGAAGACUGCACCAGCACCCCUGGUACCACAGAAUACCACUGCAUCUGCCCGGAUGGACUGACAGGUGACAACUGCACAGAGGAAUUGGACGAGUGUCAGAGCAACCCUUGCUCUGAGCCUCGUUCUCUUUGUGUAGAUCAGCUGAACGGCUACUUCUGCCGGUGCCCUGCGGGGUAUGGAGGACGGGACUGCAGGACGCAUGUGACUGACUGCAUCGAUAAACCCUGCAGGAACAAUGGGACUUGCUUAUUACGACCAGAAGGCUUCGAAUGCCACUGUGCACCAGGGUUUGAGGGGAAUACCUGCGAGGAAGAUGUGAAUGAGUGUUUGUCAGAGCCCUGUCAGAAUGGUGCUAUCUGUAUGGAUGGAGUGGCAGAAUUCCACUGUUUCUGUGUGCCAGGGUUUCAGGGUUACAACUGUGAAAUUGACAUCAAUGAGUGCGCUUCAAGACCGUGCGAGAACAAUGCCACAUGUAUCAAUGAGAAGGACCACUACGACUGUGAGUGCCUGGUGGGCUUUGCAGGAGUCAACUGUGAGACUGAAAUAGAUGAGUGUGAGUCCAGCCCCUGCCACAAUGGAGCUACCUGCCACGACCUGAUUGGCAUGUACUCCUGUGAGUGUCUGCCCGGGUUUGACGGUGUCAACUGUGAGAUUGAUGUCAACGAGUGUGCCAGUGAUCCUUGUCAAAAUGGAGCUGGCUGUCGUGACAUGGUGAACAGCUAUGAAUGUGACUGCAGUGACACAGGAUUUGAAGGCGUCCAUUGUGAAGUGGACAUUCUUGAAUGUGCUUCUGAUCCCUGCCAGCAUGCUUCUACGUGUUUGGAAGGAGUCAAAGGAUACAGCUGUCUCUGCUGGCCAGGUUAUGAAGGUCCAAACUGUGAGAUUGACAUAGACGAGUGUGCCGAGCAUCCCUGUGAGAAUGACGGGGAGUGUUUUGAACGCUCAGACCCAUCUCACUGGGAGCUAGAGUGGGAGCUAAGCUUUGCGGAUGCAGCUGGUUAUAUUUGCCAGUGUCAGCCUGGAUUUGCUGGAGAGAACUGCUCUGUCAACAUCGAUGAGUGUGAGUCCGAACCCUGCCAUAAUGGAGGCGUUUGUGAGGAUAAGAUUAAUGGCUACACCUGUACAUGCCCGGAUGGAUUCUUAGGUGAGCUGUGUCAAGUUAACGUUGAUGAAUGUGAGAGCCAGCCAUGCCAGAAUGGUGGCUGGUGUGAAGAUGGCAGGGCCUCCUACACCUGCCACUGUCUUGAGGCAGAGCCAGGUGAACUUCCUUGGGGAGGUGAUCACUGUGAUGUCAGGCUCCAUGGCUGCGUGGACCAUAAAUGUCAGAACGGAGCCACAUGCCAUCCAUGGCUUCAGGAUGGAGAACAUGGGCACACGUGCUUGUGCCCUCAUGGCUUCUUUGAUGAGCACUGCUCCACAAGAACUACAUUCUCCUUCUCCACUCCUGGAUACAUUCUUCUACAGGUUGUUCUUGAACAAAGGACUCGCAGGGAGGCUGAACACCAUGCUCACCAAGGUUUUGGGGUACAGCUACGCUUCCGGACCACUCUACCUGAUAUGUUGCUCUUCUUCAGAGGGGAUGAGGACAACCAUCUCCUCCUGGAGAUUGUAAAUGGUGGUCUUCAUUCAAAAGCCUUUUCUGAAGAGUCUGAAUUGGAUGUAACAUUUCAUGGUUUGGUUAGUAAUGGAGACUGGUGGGAAGCUCAUGUUGUCAUGAAUAAUGAAGGUCUAGUCUUGAUUGUGAAAGGUCCUGGCUGUGACAGGGAUGGAUGCAAAGUUAUAGAUGAUGGUUCAGAUGAGCCACCUUUCCAGGCCUCUGAAGCCUUUACUAAUGUAUAUAUAGGUGGAACACCAGACGAGCUUUUAGAGUACUCCCUAAGUAGUGCCAGCUUCAUUGGAUGUAUGGAAGACCUAAUGAUUGACUCUAAGCCCAUCUUACCCCAAACACUUCCAGAAGACCAAGGGCAUGAGCUUGGAUGUAGCAAGACUGAAUGGUGUGAGCCUGAUCCCUGCAAUGCACAUGGACAUUGUGUGGACCUGUGGACCAGCUACCAGUGUGAUUGCUACCGUCCCUUCCACAGUGAGAGUUGCUCUGAGGAAUUUCCUUCAUCGACCUACAGCCACGAGGACACAACGAGUUUCAGUGCCUAUGAUAUUGGACAGGACCAUAGGAACAACUUCAACGUGUCUUUCUUUCUGAGGUCACUAAAACCAGAUGGCCUUCUGUUCCAGCUAAGGAAACCCACUGGGGAAGACGGGGGAGAGGUCUACUUCUCGGUCUACUUGGGGAUGGGGAGGGUUUUGGUCAGCUCUCUACCCAAGAGUGCCCCACUCACAGCUCCCAUAUUUGUGACCAGUGGUGAAAAGCAGCUUCUACAGGUGGAAGUUCAACAAAGGCAGGUGAUUUUUGAGCAUGCAGGCCUCCGUUACAGAAUAGGUGAGAUCCCUGAAGUGAACAUUGAAAGCGGGGACCAGGCCUAUGUUGGAGGACUUCCAACUGCCUGGGACUCUGAUGUGUGGGGUGGCUAUUUCAAAGGCUGCCUGCAGGAUCUUCGCUUAGACUCAGUCCAUUUGGGUGUGGAUGGAUGGAACAGCUCAAAUAAAGAAGAUGUUUAUAUGCCAAGUGAUGCUGACAAUGUGAAGGAUGGCUGUGUCAGUGACGAUACUUGCAAGACGAAGCCUUGUCAAAAUGGAGGAGAAUGCACCAUCACAUUCAACGAUUUCAUAUGUUAUUGUCCAGAGGACUACACCGGAAAGACUUGUGAAACACGUGUGUGGUGUGUGAGUGAUCCUUGCAUCAAUGGCGGCCGUUGUGUGGACCUUGCUGAUGGAUAUGAAUGUCUGUACAAUGCCACAUUUGAGAAUAACCCCGUGCACUACAGUGCUGGAGGCUCCCUGGUGGAACCUGUUUCUAAUAUAUACAUUGAGUUGCGGACUCGAUCAGAGAAUGCUGUCCUCCUGAGGGCUUCAUGGGGCUCCGACCUGCUGAUAGUGGGUGUGUUGGACUCUUCAGUCCGCGUGGAGAUCCACAUUGGCAACAGCCUGGAGACUCUGACUUUUACAGGAGUCCGUCAAGUGGCAGAUGGGAGCUGGCACCGCGUUAACGUCUCCAUGGCGUACAAUGAUCGCAAAACCUCGCCCUGGGUCAUCACUGUGGAUGGUAUCACUGACGCCAGUAGUGCGCCAGAGCGUACAGGAAGUGUUCGUUUUCUCAGCGAGAAAGGAGCUGACCUGGCCAUUGCAGAAAGCUUCACCGGCUGCCUGGGUGCAGUGAUGCUUGGAGGACUUUACCUUCCUUUUGUGGAAGACUACAAAGCCCCAGAGCGUGCUCAGUUCCAUUUCGUUGGAAAACCAAAGAUUAAUUUGGGCUGUACCAGUGCUCCUGUUUGUGAUCGAGGUCCAUGUCUGAAUGGAGCCACAUGUGAAGAUCUCUUUAAUAAAUUUGGCUGUGUGUGUGACUCUGGCUGGGAGGGAGAACAGUGUGAGACAGAUACCAACGACUGUGCAUCUCAGCCCUGUGUUCAUGGAAGUUGCAAGGACUACUUAGCUGGCUUUGAGUGCCUUUGUAAUCCUGGAUAUGCUGGUGAACUUUGUGAUGAAGAUAUUGACGAGUGUGAGCAUCACGUCUGUGAACAUGGAGGCACCUGUCAGGAUGGACCCAACAUGUACACCUGUGUCUGCACUAAGGACUACAGUGGUCCUCGAUGCCAGUGGGACUACCCUCCAAUCCAGUGUGGUAAAGAUGUCCAGUGUGCAAAUGAUGGUGUCUGCAGUGAUGGACUGUGGGGAGCCAACUGUACAUGCAUGCCAGGUUUUACAGGCAGCAGGUGUGAAUUGGAGAUCAAUGAAUGUGAGUCUAACCCCUGCCGGAAUGGUGGUUCCUGUUUGGAUCGAUUCAACAUGUUUGUGUGUGAAUGCCCCCCUGGUUACAGCGGCCCGAUCUGUGACACCAAUAAACAAGCCCGUAAACAAGGAAUCCCAUGGCUAGUGGUAGCCAUCCCGCUGCUGUGCUUCUGCGUGCUGAUACUGGUCAUUGGCCUGACCUUCAUGCUGCUCACAGCAAGGAAGAAGCGACAGUCGGAGGGAGUGUACAGCCCCAGUGCUCAGGAAGUGGCUGGAGCCCGACUAGAGAUGGACAGCAUGCUCAAGGUCCCACCAGAGGAAAGACUCAUCUGAUACCACAACUGAUAAAUGAAUAGAGUUUGCGGUGAUCUGAGCACUGCUGGCGGAUGCACAGGACUCACUGUGAAACAUGUAGCUCCUCUGAACUUGGUGGCUGAUCUGAAGGAUGUAUGUUGUAAUAUAUAGCCCUUCCUGGUGGAGACAGCUACUUACCCUGGGUUGCUUCUAUAUGUUGUUUGUGUAAACCAGGUGUAAACCAAUGUGUAAACCGGGUCUGUGGUGUAUCUUUUACAAUUUCAACAAAACAACCACAAGUUCACCAGACACUCACAGAUAGAAUGAUGACACUCACAUUAGGGGCAAAAAUCUGCAUUUUCAUCAGUCAAGCCAACCCACAGCGCUAUGAAGCUGCAGCUUCUCCAGUGGACACUAGAUGGAUGUAAGAAAACUCUCACUGUACCGGAGUGAUGGCAAAAUGCUAUUCCAUUGGAUGGCCAAGUUUUCUCCAUGCAUUUACAAUGUAUGAUUUAACAAAUACUUUUACACGUUAAAGAUACUAAGAUUUAAAAAUGUUUGCUACAUCCACUUGUUUUUAUGCAUAUUCGAAUUUGCAUGGAAAAUCAGAGCGGUGGACAAAAUGUUGUACUUAGCCGAGGAACUAUAAAGGUUUAGGCACUAAAAGUAAAGGAAGGAUCUUUAAAAAAACCAAACACCAGUUCAAGCU